AUGUACUCUAGCCCGCGGUGUUUGAAUGGGUUGGGGGUUGUGCAUUUGAAAAAAUACACCUUGUCCUGGGAUAUGGCACUUUGACAACUUUCCCCCUGCUCUUUCCAUGGAUGCCCUAGGUGCAUUGGAAAGAAAGGUGAUAUAUACAGAAGCGUCCAGUAUUUAUGAAGCUAUACGACUCAAUCAAAAGGUUAUCUUACUGGAUUCGCGUUCGUUUAUGGUAUAUAAUACCAGUCACAUACAUACUGCUAUAAAUAUAGGUGGUAACAGGGCAUUUCAGAGAAAGUUUUCUCAAAAUCAGGUCCCGUUAGAUUUACUUUUAUGUAAACUAACAAAUUUGGAAAACCCUACGGAGUUAAGAAAGUUACCAAUUGUUGUCUACGAUGAGUUUAUCGAUUCUGUUCUGAAUCUAACACCUGGAUGCUUCUUGUUUUCUUUAUUGACGCAAUUGACUCUAAAAUUUCCAGUUGUCUUUCUCCUUAAAGGAGGAUUUUUGGGGUUUCAAGCAUCAUUUCCAGAAUUAUGUUGGAUUAAUACAGAAAAAGUUGCGGGUGAAGAUUUUGCUGAAUAUCAUCAGUGUGACUGCCGAUUAGAACAAAUACUAGAUGCCUGCUUAGGUUAUUCAUCUUCUAGUGACUUUUCUAAAAUCUCGGCAUCCGAAUAUGACAUUUUAUCUGCAUCGGCUACGUCCACUCAUCCAACUUCUAUUUCAUCAAUAUCUUCAAUUUCAUCGAAGUCUACUCCAUCUUCUUUCCAAAUUCCAUCGAAGGAACAGUUUUCAGGUGGGAUUUCCAGAACAUUAAGUCCUGAUGUACCUGUGGAUAAUCGUUCAAGAUCGAUUAUAGAAAUGAAAGUUGAUAAUACUGGUAGUACAUUAACUCGUCCGUCUCCAAUUCUGCCACAUUUAAUACUAGGAAGUCAGGAAGAUGCUAAUUCUUCAACUAUUUGUAAACGUUAUGGAAUUACUCAUAUUCUUAAUGUAUCUCUUGAAGGCAGUAUUCCUUCACAUAUUCCCAGUCAAAAUUUUUAUCAAAUUCCUGUGAACGACAAUUAUACUGAUCUCAUGACACCAUACUUCAAAGAUGCUUUUGCAUUUAUUGAGUCUGCUAAAGCAGCCCAUGGACGAGUUUUGAUUCAUUGUUCAGCUGGAAUAUCUCGGUCACCUACUCUAGCAAUUGCCUAUCUUAUGUAUUCAUGUCGAAUGAAAAUGCAUGAAGCAUACGAUGUUGUUAAAUCUGGACGAAACAGCGUUGCUCCUAAUUUUAAUUUUCUUGGACAGUUGUUGGAGUUUGAGCAUCAACUUCAUGAUUCUGGUUGUAGUGAAGCUUCCAUUCCAAUCGAUAGCACUCCGACUUUUGACAGCCCUGCUAGUUCGUGUUCAAUUCUAAGCAUGUCCGCAGAGGUGCAAAGCUCUUCUAUGUUAAAGUCUGGUCUUCAUUCGUCAUCAUUAUCACUAAAUUUAACUCCAACAUCUCCGAAGGCAUUAUCUAAGAAACGGGAAAGACCAACAUACCUUGGUUUGGAGGCUACUUCAUCUUUUGCAGGAGUUUUAGGAGGAUCUGUUUGGAAAAGUUCGCUACACUGUGGGGGGUCGGUUAGACCAAUUCCUGAGUCUGGAAUAAGCCCAACUGAAGAAAAACGUAGCAGAGUUUCAGCGUUAUUGUCACCUACUCAAUCUUCUAAUCCAUUAUUACCGUCUCCUUGCACUGGUUUGUCUAAGCUAGAGAUAUCUUCACCCUUAGAAGAGUAUCGAUCUUUACUGUCUGUUUCUCGUGCUCCAUCGUCUUUUGUUCCUGGACAUGUGCUUCCGGGUCCUGAAUCUGCCAUACAGAUGCUUAAAUUCAAACCUUUUCUUUCAUCUUAUACAAGUUUACAAACUUUGAAAUUUGAACCAUGCUCAACUGUUAUGCCACCACAUCCCAUCCAAUUAACCACUACACUUUCACCAGCUAGUAUUCUUAGACUUCGUCGUUCAUCAUCGACAGUUGGUACCGCAAGACCAACUUUGCUUGCUCAGCGUCGUCUUUCUUCACAUGCAAGCGCACCACCGACCCCAAGGCCAGUAUCUAUCGACGGAAGUCAUCCAGUUUAUCGUAGUAUUUUGCAUGCACAUGGAGGAUUUCGUUUACCAAGUAACUUGCCAUCAACUAGUUCAUCUAGAGUGAGAGAACUUAGUCCUUCCACCCCAAUAUCUCAAGAACCAAAGCUUGAAUACGAACAGCUGCAGAAGUGUAAUGCGAAUGUUGUUGGGAAUGAAUCAUUUAAAAACCAGGUUUCUCCCACAGGUUGUUCAAAAUUUCUUUCAUAUUGUCGGAAACCUAGUCUACCUGUUAAUUUAUUGCGCUCACAUAGCAAUGAAAGCUUAAACAGAAGCUACAUAAAAAGUGACAAAUUUCAGGGUUGUCUCAUUUCAUCAUCUAGGUGUUUCAAUACAUCUAAUCUCAGUCGUAGUGCCCCAUCACAACGUGAUAUAGAUCUAGUCUUUUUUGGGGAUCAGGGUUAUUCGAAUAAUUCCUCUCAUAUCUUUUCUCUACGCAGGUCUUUACCUGUUCCCGGUGAGCUUACUUCAUCGUCUCCAAUGGAUUCAAAGAGAUUCGACCCUGGACAGUUGUCAGCUAACCUAAAAAUAACCAAUAUUGCUACAACCAUGCGGUUAAUACCAAAAGGUACUAGUGUGGAUACUUCUUGUCGACUUCAACAACAAUCCUUUGUGCAAUCAUCUGGUAGUAGCAGUCCAUCACCAUCGGCUAGCCAUAAUUCACCACAUAACAGUAGUAGUUAUAGUCUAUUCCCAAUUUCUUAAGGAGCAUUUUGUCAACAGUAUUUCCUUCCUUGCUUUUUUCUACGAUCAACAUUUAAAAAACUAGUUUGGUUGGUUCAUUUUCUUUCUUUGCUAAGUAUUUGUAAAUAAACUUAGUGCAUUUACCGACUAGAACUAAAUCUGUUUGUAUAACGACUAAUAUUACUGCGAUUAAUAACAGCCUUGACUUGUUUUGCUAUCCAGGUUUUUUAAAGGCUUGUGCAUAGUGACUGUUUACCACUCUGAUUUUAAGCCUUUUAUUAGGGUGUUAUCGUGCCAAUUUGUCUUGUUUUUUUUCAAUGUUCUCUCUCCACUUUGUUUUCCUUCUUUCCUCAAUGCUUCACCUAUUUAUUUUGUCCGAAUAAUUGAUUACAUGCAUUUUACAACUUUGUUUAUACCUUAAACAUUCCAUCAUUUUAAGUACUACAAUUGUAUCCUUACUGGCCUAGUUAAAAGUGUUCUGGUUGAACAAUUGUUAUAUAUAUAUGUACAUGGAAAAAUAAACGCACAAAUAAUUCACUUGUGCCUUACAUAAUAUUUUAAUAGUUUACUUGACUGUAAAUAUCCCUAACAUUUUUUUCUUUUAAUGUGUACACAUAGGGAAGAACCAGUUUCUUUUUUAAACUUUUUUUUAUUGUACGUCGAACAUUUGUCUUAUACUACCUACCUACUUAUGUACAUGUAUACUAUAUAUACUGUAUUUGUUCUAGGGAUUUUUCGAAUUAAAUCAAUUUGUUUUUUACAAAUUAUCCUCUUUCCUUUUAUCUCAUACUUUUCGUCUAGAAAAUAAAACAGUUGACUGGUAUUUUAGUCGAUAGAUUACUCCUUGUUUGAUAUCCCAAAAGAGAAACUUAUAGGCCAACUAUAUUUCAAUUGGAAAUAUUGCGACGAAGUUCUCCUUUUUUGGAUUUCUCUUAAGUAAUUAAUAAAAUAAAAUUGUUGCCUGAUGUACUGGUUUGCUAUUAUAAAAAUCAUGCAAACCAUACCAAAGCUAAAUACUUCUUGAUAAAUAUGUUUAAUUAUGGGGUUGUGGAGAUUGUUGAAUUUGAUUAAAAUCGUGAACCGAUCUAAUUUAGACCACCAUUAAUAACCUGGAAGGACUGGAUGGCCGUUUCAUUGUAGUAUGAGACACCCCAGCAGUGCAUAUCCACGAUUUUGUGCUUACCAAUGGCUAGUUCUGAGAGGGAAUUUCCUCGAUUUUAGUGAUAUAUCGUGCCCAGUGUGUGUCGGGUGUGAGUCAUUUACCCACCGAAGACAAUGAAAGAUGGUCGUGCAAUAUCAUGGAUUGAUUGACAUUAACACCGUUGGCUGCCGGCUCAGUGUUCUAGGGGUUAAGCACUCGCUCGAGACCAAAGGUCCAAGGUUCGUGUCUCACGUUCAACAUCGUGGAUGUGCACCACCGAGGAGUUCCAGACUAGGACGAAACAUCGUCCAGUGCUUCUAAGUUCUCGAUAGUGGUCUGACUCAGAUUGGUUCGUGAUUUCAAUUGAAUCUAUUAAGAACUAAGAAAAAUAAACAUUUCAAUUGGAAGGAUUGUUAAGUAUGGUGUAGUUGUUUUGUUGUUGUACAAAUUAUUGUAUAUCAUAACUAUGUAGUAAAUUAAAUUCCUAACCCAUCUCUUAAAUGGACUUAGUACUUACAAUGGGUGUGGUGUUGUGUAAUUAUGGAUUUUAUUUUUUUGCCAAUUUAACUACUUGUAAAAAUAAAAGAGUUUGU